GAAGUAUUGAUAUUUCGGAGCCAGCGACCGAUCUUAGUGAGACCCGGGAACCUGUGGGAGAGGCCGCUGCAAACGCGCUGUUGAGUUUUUUUUUUUUAAUUCUCUUUUCUACAUAUCCACACACCACCAUCAGCCUACAAAGACAUGACCACCAACGCCAGCCCCACGCACCCCUACUGGCCUCAGCACCUGAGACUAGACAACUUUGUGCCUAAUGACUGCCCCACCUGGCAUAUCCUGGCUGGCCUCUUCUCCGUCUCUGGAGUCUUAGUUGUGACCACAUGGCAAUUGUCAGGGCGUGCUGCGGUCGUCCCACUUGGGACUUGGCGGAGACUGUCCCUGUGCUGGUUUGCAGUAUGUGGGUUCAUUCACUUGGUGAUUGAGGGCUGGUUCAGCCUCUACCACGCGGACCUUCUUGGAGACCAAGCCAUCUUAUCUCAACUCUGGAAAGAGUACGCCAAGGGAGACAGCCGAUACAUCCUGGAUGAUAACUUCAUAAUAUGCAUGGAGACCAUCACGGCUUACCUGUGGGGACCACUCAGCCUGUGGGUGGUGAUCGCUUUUCUCCGCCAGCAACCCCUCCGCUUUGUCCUACAGCUUGUGGUCUCUGGGGGUCAGGUAUAUGGAGAUGUGCUCUAUUUCCUGACAGAGUACCGUGAUGGAUUCCAGCACGGAGAGCUGGGCCACCCACUCUACUUCUGGUUUUACUUUGUCUUCUUGAACGCCCUGUGGCUGGUGCUGCCGGGACUCCUCAUACUGGAUUCUAUAAAGCAACUUGCUCAUGCCCAGAGCAUACUGGAUGCCAAAGCCCCAAAAGUCAAGAGCAAGCAGAACUAAAGAGUGAUGAACUAGGCUUAAACACCGGCUAUUGAGGAACUCUUAAUCAGGAAAUAAAGAUCUUGACCCUAUA